CGCCGGAAACGCGAGAACAAGGCCAGCACGUACGGCCUCAACUACCUGCUGUCCGGCAGCCGCGCGGCCGCGCUGAGCGGAGGGGGCGGCCCCGGGGCCCAGGCGCCGCGACCCGGCACCCCGUGGAAGAGCCGCACGUACAGCUCGGGCAUCCAGGGACUUCAUGAGGAAAUAAUUGAUUUUUACAACUUCAUGUCCCCUUGUCCUGAAGAAGCAGCUAUGAGAAGAGAGGUGGUGAAACGGAUUGAGACUGUGGUUAAAGAUCUUUGGCCGACGGCUGAUGUACAGAUAUUUGGCAGCUUUAGCACAGGUCUCUAUCUUCCAACCAGUGACAUAGACCUGGUGGUCUUUGGGAAGUGGGAGCGUCCUCCUUUACAACUGUUGGAGCAGGCCCUGCGGAAGCACAAUGUGGCUGAGCCGUGUUCCAUCAAAGUCUUAGACAAAGCUACGGUACCAAUAAUAAAACUCACAGAUCAGGAGACUGAAGUUAAAGUCGACAUCAGCUUUAACAUGGAGACUGGUGUCCGGGCAGCAGAGUUCAUCAAGAAUUAUAUGAAGAAAUAUUCAUUGCUGCCUUACUUGAUUUUAGUAUUGAAACAGUUCCUUCUGCAGAGGGACCUGAAUGAAGUUUUUACAGGUGGAAUUAGCUCAUACAGCCUCAUUUUAAUGGCCAUUAGCUUUCUGCAGUUGCAUCCAAGAAUUGAUGCCCGGAGAGCUGAUGAAAACCUUGGAAUGCUUCUCGUAGAAUUUUUUGAACUCUAUGGAAGAAAUUUUAAUUACUUGAAAACUGGUAUUAGAAUAAAAGAAGGAGGUGCCUAUAUCGCCAAAGAAGAGAUCAUGAAAGCCAUGACCAGCGGGUACCGCCCAUCGAUGCUGUGCAUUGAGGACCCCCUGCUGCCUGGGAAUGAUGUGGGCCGGAGCUCCUAUGGGGCCAUGCAGGUAAAGCAAGUUUUUGACUAUGCCUACAUCGUCCUCAGCCAUGCCGUGUCUCCGCUCGCCAGGUCCUAUCCAAACAGAGACUCCGAGAGCACUUUAGGAAGGAUCGUCAAGGUGACUCAGGAAGUGAUUGACUACCGGCAGUGGAUCAAGGAGAAGUGGGGCAGCAAGAUCCACCCGUCCCCAGGGCUCGACAACAGACUCAAGAUAAAAGAGCGGAUAGCCACGUGCAACGGGGAACAGACCCCAAGCCGAGAGCCUGAGUCGCCCUACGGCCAGCGCCUGACCUUGUCCCUCUCCAGUCCCCAGCUGCUCUCUUCAGGCUCCUCUGCUUCCUCUGUGUCAUCACUUUCGGGAAGUGACGUUGAUUCAGACACACCGCCCUGCACAACGCCCAGUGUUUACCAGUUCAGUCUGCAAGCACCAACCCCUCUGAUGGCUGGCUUGCCCACUGCCUUGCCUGUGCCCAGCGGCAAGCCCCAGUCCACAACAUCCCGAACGCUGAUCAUGACAACAAACAAUCAGACCAGGUUCACUAUACCUCCACCGACCCUCGGAGUUGCCCCUGUUCCUUGCAGACAGACGGGUGUGGAAGGAACUGCAUCCUUGAAAGCCGUCCACCACAUGUCUUCUCCGGCCCUUCCCUCAGCGUCCCCCAACCCGCUAUCAAGCCCUCACCUGUAUCAUAAGCAGCACAAUGGCAUGAAACUGUCCAUGAAGGGCUCUCACGGCCACACCCAGGGUGGCAGCUACAGCUCCGUGGGCAGCGGGGGUGUGCGGCCUCCCGUGGGCAACCGUGGACAUCACCAAUAUAACCGCACUGGCUGGAGGAGGAAAAAACACACACACACGCGGGACAGCCUGCCCGUGAGUCUCAGCAGAUAA